UUAUGGUGCAUAUCGCUCAAGUCUCCGCGGUGAUUCCUCAUGUCUAAACCCCGCCGGCAUGAAUAUUUAUGACACCAGUUGCGUUUUUGGACUGAUGAAAUCAACCGACGGUUAUAAGCCUUGGCAAUUUCCGAAGGUUAAGGUCAACCUCCCGGAAGAUUUUUUCCGUGACCUCAAGUUUUUUGAAACCUUCACUAAACGCGCCAAGCCCACAGAAACCAGGCUGCGCUAUAAACUGGACCUCCUGAUAAACGCUGUUUGUCGAUCCCUCUCCGCAUAA